AGUUUGAUUUGCAGUAAUCGCCAGAUUCGCUCGCUGUAAAUUUCGCAAUUCUCUUUGUCAGCACUUUCACUAAGCUCGUUCUCUUUCUCUCUCUCUCUCUCUUCCUCUAGAAAAUGGCUUGAAAUCCAGUUCGCAGCAUUCUUAUCUCGCUUUCCCACAACUUUUCCUUCACUGUCUCCUGAAAAUCUAGCGAAGGGCCUUAGAAACAGCAUAGGCAUGUAUAAGAACCAACUGCAAGAGUUGGCUCAAAGAAGCUGCUUCAAUUUGCCGUCUUAUUCAUGUAUAAGGGAAGGACCAGAUCAUGCCCCUCGAUUCAAAGCUACUGUCAAUUUCAAUGGAGAGACUUUUGAAAGCCCUGCCUUUUGCUUUACUCUGAGGCAGGCAGAACAUGCUGCUGCUGAGGUAGCACUCGCUACACUUGCAAGCAGAGGACCUUCCAGAGCAUUAGCUGCUAGAAUUCUGGAUGAAACUGGAGUCUACAAGAAUUUGCUUCAAGAGACUGCUCACAGAGCUGGCUUAAAGCUUCCAGUAUAUACCACUGUUCGUUCUGGGCCUGGCCAUGUUCCUGUUUUCUCAUGCACAGUUGAACUUGCUGGAAUGAACUUUUCUGGGCAGCCAGCUAGGACCAAGAAACAAGCUCAGAAGAAUGCAGCAAUGACCACCUGGUUUGACCUAAAAAGACUGGUUGAACAUGGCUCAUACUCCAGUUCAUCAUCUUCUUCUGUGGAGAACAAAAAAGGCGGCGAAGAGCAAGAACAGGUUGUAAUUGCUCGAUUUCUUGCAUCUCUACAACCAUCAGAAUUAAAGAACUUGAAGCAAAGGGAUUUCCAGUGGGGACAGGAGGGAUUUAUUCCUGUCUGCAAGGACUUGACCCCACCAACACUAAACUUAUAUCCUAUGCAGUGCCAAAACUGGGCAUAUCCUGGUUUUUCCCCUGAAAUGGCCAUAUACCAAAUGUGGCAGCAAGAACAACUGCUGCAGUUGCAGAACCGUUUAUUGAUGCUUCAAGCUCCACCAGCUCCUCCUCCUGGUCCUCAAAUUCUUCCAUAUGUGCAGUCUAUACUCCCCUCCGACUCUCGUCUAUUUGUUCCUGUGAGAGAGCAAAAGCCAGUACCCUUAGGGCCAAGAAUUACAAUUGCCACCUCAGGACCAUUAUUGUCCUACUCAGAUAAUGUUGCCUCUGAUCCAGUCAGGGGUAAGUCCACAGUUACCAUUCAGGAGAUACACGAGGAGAAGACAGAAGAAUUAUCCGAGUGCUCUCCAUCACUGGUUCCAGAUCCCCCUGUACUCAGCACCUUAAAGACUGAAGCGAGAUUUAAUGAACCAAAUCAUGAGGAAAAUAAACAUAAAAAUGGUGCACUAGAAAGCAAAGUUGAAAAUGUUCAACUAGGAGAGAGACAAACCGAGCAAUUUGAUCUGGCUUCCCAUAGGCACAUCGAUACAAGAUACGCACAUAUAGGCUUUAAAGUGCCAAAACCCUGUGGUUUUGUCUCCUCCCAUUCUACUUCACAGUAUCCUCGAAGACCGAGUUUGACAAAUUAUAGACCACCUCCAUCUGUAGCACGUCAUGUAACAAUAAAAACUGUGGAGCAUAGACCUUCAUCUGCAGCACCUCCUGUACAGAUCAGAAAUAUGGGACCUGUUUGUUCUGUUUCCAAAUCACAAGAAUUGACAGCACAUAUUCCAGCUCCCCCAAGAAUGAGAACUGGAGGUCCUUUGUAUUCAGCCAGUACCCAUUCUCCAAGAAUGGACUUCGGAAGAGUGCACCCGCGUUUCAUGGCACCAGCAGUUCGAAUAAGAUCAGUUGUGCCAGUCUGUUCAGCUCCACCAGCAAGGAAAAUGUCAACUGCUGGGCAAGAUGGAGCAUCACCCAACAGAGAGAAGAAAGAUACAGUACCUGAAGAUGCCUUGGCAGCAAGUUCGGAGCUUGGCAAGCUUAGAAUAUGAACGGAGUAUAAAGACUAGAGUUCAUCUUAUCUUUUUCUUUUACAUUUAGUUAGUUUUUGCAGCUAAAUUUAUAGUGGUGUUUGGGCAUCCAAUGUUUUGUAAUCAGUAAAGGGGGAGCUGUUAUAGAUAUUUAUAUAUAAAUAUAUAAUUUAAAGCCAUAUUCUUUCAACUUAA